AGAAUACGCAAUAACCACGUCUGCUUCGAAUUGUGCGAAAUUCGAACACUGUGCUAAUGUGAACAAUGGAAACCGAUGAAGUCAUGACAGAUGCUUCAGACGGAAAAAGAAUCGUUGUUGUCAAAAAUCCCUUUGGGAAAAAAGAGUUCGUGCUGAAAGUGCCAACGGGUAACCUUGCUAGCGGUGGAAGAGCUUGGGAGACAAGUGCACUUGCUGAAUUGAGAUGGUUUGUCGCAGACACCUUGAAGCCGUAUAUGUUUGUAUGGCUAAGCGGUUUGCCAACAAAGUUCGCUAACAAAGAGCUUGCUGACGAGGUGAAAUCUGGCUUAGGCAGUAUUGAAGAAUGCAUUGAUGGGGCUAUUAAAGAAGUGCUUGGUGAAUGCGUUUCGGACAGAUUUUGCAAUGAUAUCUGGCGGCGAGUUCCAGAUUUGUUGUUUCCACGUCAUGAUUGGGCUGAGUUGACCCGAAGGCUGAUGCCUCUCAUGAUCAACCAUUUCACCUCAAUUCGUUGCAUGAAUGUGGUCGAAGCGAACACAUGCAGGAGAGAUCCACUAGAACAAGGCGACUUCUUCGAUCACAUUCUCUCCAAAAGAUCUGGAAAACUGGAAAAACGGCGUUCUACUGCAAAUGCAAUGCAUGACACCAUAGCAUACAUGGUAAACGGUCGAUUCCAGCUAAAACAUCUCAUAAUCGCUGUGAUUCAUGCCACGUAUGUCAAAGUCGGCAAAGCUUACAUUGAACACAUUUUGGAGCGUACUGGUGGUCUCACUGUUGAACAGAUGGAAGAGAUUUAUGAGGUGUUGUGGGCAUGGCUUAGCGCUGUUCCGCUGCCAGAUUCCUCUGAUCUGAAGCAAAUCAGUGACUGGGGCAAAACCUUUCUCCGGAAGUUCAUAAUUGAUCGUCUUACCGAGUCGAUCUACGAUAUGGCUGUGGUGAACUUUCCAAAGUCUUAUCCGACCCUGUCUACAUUGAGGAACUGUAUGAUCAGAGUACUGGAAUAUGGGAGAGAAAAACUCGUAAACACACUGAUUGCCGAUGUUGAAUCGCAGUUGUUAAACAUUGCUGUUGAUACUCCCACCAUCCUUAAUGGUUAUUCAUUGUGUGUAGAGUCACUCAGAGAACUAGAUCCAUCAUGCGUUAUCAUGCACAGGGUGUGCAAAGUCAUAAAGGAGUAUUUGAAAAAACGCCCCGAUACUGUGCGUCAAAUCAUAAAUUACAUCACUUCUGAAAAACGAGAUGACUUAGCAGCUCACUUGGCCAAUCGUUGCGGUACAAUUGUGGAUGAAGACGAGUUGACUGGUGCAAAUGAUGAUUUUCUCCCAGAAGCUAUGAAUCUCUCUUUGUGGAGACACUGGAUGCCCGAUCCUAUCGAUGCUAGUCCUGGCGAAAGCGGUCGCUUCCGUCAAGCGGCUGAUGUCUUCAAUAUGCUUGUUUCUGUUUAUGGCAGUAAGGAAAUGUUUGUGAAGGAAUAUCGGCAACUUCUCGCUGAGCGAUUGACGAGUAGCAAUACAAAAGAUCCUAUCUUUGAAAGACGUUAUCUUGAUCUGCUGAAACUCCGAUUUAACGAAGGCGAACUACAGCAGUGUGAAGUCAUGUUGAAGGAUAUUCGAGAUAGUCAGAGAAUAGACAGGACUGCAUUAGGAAAGAAGUGUGUACCUGUAUCGGCAUGCAUCAUAUCCUCUCACUUUUGGCCAAAAAUUGUUUCAGAAACAGUUUCGGAGUUUCCUGCUGCCCUUGAAGAAGCGUUAGUGGAGUAUGAGAAAGCAUUCAUGGAUCAUAAAGAGUCCAGAAAGCUGCAAUGGAUGAGAGCGGUCGGUUGUGUAGAGGUCACGCUGAAGCUGGGUGACGUGGAAGUUGAUAAAGUCGUACCGAAUCCGAUAGCAGCAGUGCUGUAUCUUUAUCUGGAGAAAGAGAGUUGGACGGUGGCAGAGGUUGCCGAAAGGCUAACCAUUUCGAAGGGAGUCGCGCGUCGUCGACUGGAAUGGUGGCGAACGCAGGGACUUCUGAUGCAGAGCCUGCCAACUGGAGCAACAGCCGAAGAGUGGUCCUUAGUGAGCAACCCGAACCUGCUUGCCACUUCGAAAGGUGCGGCUGAUGAAGAGUCGGAUGAGGACGAGGGUGCAAUCGAAGAAACAGCUGAUGCAAUUGACGCGCUAGAGCAGUACUGGAGUUACACGAAAAACUUUAUUGCUAACCAUGAUAACGGUGAGGUGAAAGCAGAACGCAUGCAGCGCAUUUACCGCAUGUUCUCUUCCCCAUCGACGCAAGGACCAUCAUUGGAGACAGUGACAGCUUUCCUUAUGAGGAAGGUGAAAUUAGGCCUUCUCACAUAUAAUAAUGGUUUCUUCCGUGUGGUAAAGGAAAGCGCAAGCAAAGCUAAUGAGCGAUGAUUAUGUAUCUAUGUGCUUUUGGAAAAAUAUAAGUUGUUUUGAAUUUUGCAUGUUUUUCCAUCAGGUUUGUAUCGAGCCUUCCCUGCCUUUGGAUUGUUCAGCGCUCCAUGUGUUAAUCGUUGAACUUUUUUUGCAGCAUAGAUUGUAUUUCGCUGAGAUCCGGUUUCAUGACAGUUUGUUACCUAUUGAAAAUAUAGUUGCAUCAUUGAAAGUGACGUCGAGAAAAUCAUUGAAAGACUUUUUAUUUUCAAAAAAAGGCGGAUUUCGUUGCUCCAUUGGGUGUGCCGAUAGUGAAAAUUUU